CAGAGAGACUCCAGAGCUCGGCGCCCGCGGCUCACUACACUUGUAACCGCUUGUCCUGAGCGCGGAGAGGACGAGCUCCGGCUGAGGCCAGGGUGAAAGUCCGCAGCCCGCAACCGAAGGACAGAGAGGAACAAAGAUCUCAGUAAUACUUGUUAUAAUCAGCCACCCUAACCACCCCCAGCACACACUCAUUCAUCCCACCCACCAGGAGAGGCAGCCAGAGGUCCGCAGUCUGAGCCCAAGGGAAAAGCUCCAGCCAUGAGCAAUCAGUACCAGGAAGAGGGCUGCUCCGAGAGGCCCGAGUGCAAGAGUAAAUCUCCAACUUUGCUCUCGUCCUACUGCAUCGACAGCAUCCUGGGUCGGAGAAGCCCGUGCAAAAUGAGGCUUCUGGGAGCCGCGCAGAGCUUGCCUGCCCCGCUGGCCAGCCGCGCUGACCAGGAAAAAGCCAUGCAAGGCUCUCCCAAAGGCAGCAGCGCCCAGUUCGAGGCUGAGCUGCACCUGCCACCCAAGCUGCGGCGCCUGUACGGCCCGGGUGGGGGCCGCCUCCUCCAGGGCGCCGCGGCAGCGGCGGCGGCGGCGGCAGCGGCGGCGGCAGCUGCAGCCACGGCCACUGGCACCGCAGGUCCUCGCGGAGAGGUACCUCCACCGCCACCGCCAGCCGCGCGGCCAGGAGAGCGUCCGGACAGCGCGGGGGCCGUGGCCGCCGCCGCAGCCGCCUGGGACACCCUCAAGAUCAGCCAGGCACCGCAGGUGAGCAUCAGCCGCAGCAAGUCGUACCGCGAGAAUGGGGCGCCCUUCGUGCCACCGCCGCCCGCGCUGGACGAGCUGGGUGGCCCGGGGGGCGUCGCGCACCCCGAGGAGCGCCUGGGCGCCGCCAGCGGACCCAGCAGUGCCCCGGCGGCGAGUGGUGGCACGGGCACCGAGGAUGACGAGGAGGAGCUGUUAGAGGAUGAAGACGAUGAAGAUGAGGAAGAGGAGCUGCUGGAAGAUGACGAAGAGGAGUUGCUGGAGGACGAUGCCCGUGCACUGCUCAAGGAGCCCAGGCGCUGCUCUGUGGCCGCCACCGGCACGGUGGCCGCCGCCGCCGCCGCCGCCGCUGUGGCCACCGAGGGUGGAGAGCUGUCGCCCAAGGAAGAGCUGUUGCUGCACCCAGAGGACGCCGAGGGCAAGGAUGGCGAGGACAGCGUGUGUCUGUCCGCGGGCAGCGACUCAGAGGAGGGGCUACUGAAGCGCAAACAGAGGCGCUACCGCACCACGUUCACCAGCUACCAGCUGGAGGAACUGGAGAGGGCCUUCCAGAAGACGCACUACCCGGACGUCUUCACCAGGGAGGAGCUGGCCAUGAGGCUGGACCUAACUGAGGCCCGAGUCCAGGUGUGGUUCCAGAACCGUCGGGCCAAGUGGCGCAAGCGAGAGAAGGCUGGCGCGCAGACCCAUCCCCCGGGGCUGCCCUUUCCAGGGCCUCUCUCGGCCACCCAUCCCCUCAGCCCCUACCUGGAUGCCAGCCCUUUUCCUCCACACCACCCAGCGCUUGACUCGGCCUGGACCGCCGCCGCUGCCGCUGCAGCAGCCGCCUUCCCGAGCCUACCACCGCCUCCAGGCUCGGCUAGCCUGCCGCCCAGCGGGGCGCCGCUGGGCCUGAGCACUUUCCUAGGAGCAGCGGUGUUCCGGCAUCCGGCCUUCAUCAGCCCAGCGUUUGGCAGGCUCUUUUCCACCAUGGCCCCCCUGACCAGCGCGUCGACCGCGGCUGCGCUCCUGAGACAGCCCACACCCGCGGUGGAGGGCGCAGUGGCCUCGGGCGCGCUGGCUGACCCGGCCACCGCCGCCGCAGACAGACGCGCAUCCAGCAUAGCGGCUCUGAGGCUCAAGGCCAAGGAGCACGCCGCACAGCUCACGCAGCUCAACAUCCUGCCGGGCACUAGCACGGGCAAGGAGGUGUGCUAAAGGCUGCCCUCCACUCUCGCGCCCCUUGGGCGCGUCCCGAAAGGUCACCUCACUCAGCAUCACUCAAGACCAAAUGGAAACAGAGGACCAGCACACUCCCAAGACGGCACAGAAAGAGCGCAGCCGCCUUCGCAGCAGCCUGAAAGCGGACAAGGCAGCUCUUAGCGCUAAAGGACGUGGCACCUCUUCAGCUGGCUGUCCACAUGCCCCUGCCCGUGUCCCUACCCCUGUCACUGCCAACGUUGCUCCAACUCGAAAGUCCACUCUCCCAUUCUUACCUUACUGAAAUUAACGGAGAGGGUUUCUCCCCAAGAUGCCUAGUAUUGAAGUUUUAAAAAUUAAAAGCCCAACCUUCUCUUCCUCCGGAUACCCCACUUAGCUUUUCUUUUGAAUAGUAUUUUGGCGCUCUAAGUUAAUUACAGCGCAGGCCCGGCUAGACACCAGGGCAAGAGAAGCAAAUGCGAAUCUGUAAGAUAGUUAACAGUGCACUUAAAGGAAAGGGGCGUCUCGUUCUUGUUCUCUUCUUUAUCAUACACCAACCAAGGUUUUUAUAUCAAACCAAAGGGAAAUACUCUGCUAGAAUAUGGACUGUUGAAGUCACCAAACUGUGAUUAUUGAUUCUGUACAUACCAUUGUUAUUAAAAAAAGAACAGAGCUUUGUAUAUUUGAAAUGUUAUAACGCAAUUGCACUCAGCGUGGUAUGGUAAAAGUUUGUCCUCCUGUAGAUUCUUACUGUGUUGUAGAUACGGUAGGGUACCUAGACAAAUAUUUAUGUACUCAAGCCCUUUAUUUAACUUAUUAACUGUAGAGGCUUUGGAAACCUUCAAGAUAAAGGCAAUGGUACAGUACUUUUGUGUAAUGUGUAAUUGUUAUCACUUUUCCUUGCUAUCUAGUGGAGAAGUGUCACGCUCAAAAUAAAAAAAUAUAUGUUUAACAAAA